CUCUCCCAGCUGACACAAGGAGUAUCUCAGAUUUCACACACUGACUUUUUUCUCAUCCGGGACCAUGAUGAUCCCAAGCGUCCUCGCGCCUCCUGCCUUCUACCCGGGUCUGUACCGGCCCGCCGCCGCUCUGCCGUUCCACCACACCCACCCGUCCGGCUUCCAUACCCACUCCAGCUUUCUAGUGGAGGACCUGCUGCGGAUAAGCCGGCCUGCAGCCUUCAUUAACCGGACUGUCCCGUCAGCGUGCGCCUCCCUGCCCACGGCCACCACCACCGUGUCCUUCAGCGGCGUGCCCGCGGAGCGCGCGGUGGCCACGACCACGGUGACGCGCGAAUCGUGCUCGCCGAAAAUGUCGGUGUCGAGCAGCAAGGACCCAACUUUUCUCAAGUUUGGAGUGAGCGCCAUCCUCGCACCUUCACCAAAGAUCGCGUCCUCACACCCUUUCCACAGCCUGCACGCCAAGACCUUCCCCAUCCCCUGCUUUGACGGAACCUUUCACCCCAUAUUCAGGACGCCUUAUUUUCCAGCAUCUUCAUCCGUUGUCCCCAUUCCCGGGACCUUUUCUUGGCCCCUGGCCGCCAGAGGAAAACCCCGGAGAGGGAUGCUGAGGAGGGCCGUGUUCUCCGAUGUGCAGCGCAAAGCUCUGGAGAAAAUGUUCCAGAAACAGAAAUACAUCAGCAAGCCCGACAGGAAGAAGCUUGCCUCUAAGCUGGGCCUUAAAGACUCACAGGUGAAAAUCUGGUUCCAGAACCGGAGAAUGAAGUGGAGGAACUCCAAGGAACGAGAGCUGCUGUCAUCCGGUGGCUGCCGCGAGCAGACGCUGCCCACCAAAGCCAACCCGCACCCGGACCUCAGCGACGUGGGCAAGAAGUCUUCGGCUGAGGAGGAAGAUGAGGAAGAAGAGUUUAGAAGAGAGAGAAUCAGGGCGCACUCCAGCAUCUCCUCUCCAUCUCUUUCCAGUAAGCACUCGGACUUCUCAGAGUCAGACGAAGAAGAAAUAACAGUAUCUUAAUUUAUUUAAAAAUAAGCAAAUAUAGAGAGAAUAUAACCCAUGUUUUGUUUUCG